CGAAUCGCAGACAAAAUUCAUCUGUUGAUCUCAGUCAGCCAUCAGAAGGAAUCGCGAGAGCGCGUUCCAAAUUUAAACUUUUUUGUUUUUAAAUAGUUGUUGUGUUUUGUGCCUGUUAAUUUGCUGUUUAACUACACUACAUAGUCAGUGGAUUCUGUAAAAAUAAAUAAAAAAACAAAAUGGCCGCGGUAAACGGAAAGGACUCGACAGAACAGCCGAUCGUCCCUCCUUCAUCUUUAAUCCGUCGAGUAAGCUCCAAAUCAAUUCGAAACUCAGUCUCAGAGGAAAAAGAAAAUGGCGACGCUAUCCCACAGAAGGGUUCCUUCGCGAGUAAAUACAAGAAGACCCCUGAAGCUUUCAGUAGUUUCCAAAAUGCGACGGAAAGCGAGAUCGAGGUCCCCGGAACUCCGAUGACUCCUAGAACUUCGACUACCCCUGGUCACGAGAAGUGCACGUUCCACCACGACCUGGAGCUGGACCACCGGCCGCCCACCCGCGAGGCGCUGCUGCCCGACAUGGCCAGCUCCUACAGGCUGCUGCUCACCGGUCUGGGCGAGGACCCCGACCGCCAGGGGCUGCUGAAGACCCCCGAGAGGGCCGCCAAGGCCAUGCUCUUCUUCACUAAGGGAUACGACCAGAGCUUAGAGGAGGUCCUAAACAACGCGAUCUUCGACGAAGACACGGACGAGAUGGUGGUGGUGAAGGACAUCGAGAUGUUCAGCAUGUGCGAGCACCACCUCGUGCCGUUCUACGGGAAGGUGUCCAUCGGGUACCUACCGCAGGGCAAGAUCUUGGGGCUUAGCAAGCUGGCUAGGAUCGUGGAGAUAUACUCCCGCCGUCUGCAAGUGCAGGAGCGCCUGACCAAGCAGAUCGCCCUGGCUGUGACCCAGGCCGUGCGCCCCGCUGGAGUAGCCGUCGUCAUUGAGGGAGUUCACAUGUGCAUGGUCAUGCGAGGAGUCCAGAAGAUCAACAGCAAGACAGUGACCUCGACCAUGCUGGGAGUGUUCCGUGACGACCCCAAGACUCGCGAGGAGUUCCUCAACCUGGUCCACUCCAAGUAGACCACAGAGCUGCCGAUUUACCAGCGUAUCUUGUACCGAGAGACCGCAGAAUAAGGAGUCUAGAUCGCGCUUUCAAAAGAGGUUAAACCAUCAAACCGUCGAAUAAUGAGUCCAGUGUUCUGUUUCGGAAUUAGAUUUUUUUUUGAGAGAGCAUACAGUUCUUAAGCAAACCGUAGAAUAAGGAGUAGAGUUUUCUUUUUCGAAAUUUGAAUUUUUGGAUGAUUAGAUUUGAAUUUAGAGCUGUCUAUUUUAGCGCCGGAAAAUUAAGUUUAGUUAUUGUGACGUUUUGGGCAGCUGUUAAUUUAAGUUUGAUUGAACUGAAGCAAGUUCUGAGUUUAAAGACCUUACCACCAAAACUUGGAUAUUGUUUAACAGAUGCUUUAAACUAUUAGAUACCUUGUGCAUCUAUCAAAUACCGUUUCUGACUCCUUUUAAAUCUGAUUUAAAAACUUUUUGUGGUUAUACAGUAAGAAUAUUGGAUGUAGUCGGCUCGCUAAAUGGUAUGAUGGUAAAUUGGUACUUAAUCGGUCUUUUCUUGUUGAACUGUUUUUUGUAAAAUCUAUAAUACCUAAGACUUUUGCAAGAAACAGUGCAAUGCGAAAAUGAUAUUUUUAUUAAGUUAUAAUUAUAUUUAAAGACAAUAUCAUAACUGCCACGCUAUAUUAUCAUCUGCAUUUUUUUCGCUUACGUUUAGCAGAAAUAGUGUGAUUAAGGAAUAACAAUAAUAAUUGCAACGAAAAUGUUUUGAUUAAUACCGACCUAACGUAUAUCAUACCAAUGAAAGAUACCUAUAAAAAAAAAAAUUAUAAAAAAGUUGUAUGAUUUUGUAUUAGUUCAAUCUUUUCAAUGUAUUUUACUGCCUUAAAAAAGUAAGUGUUAUUAGUUUUUAAUUUAUAUUUUAUUACAUUUAAGGGUACGAUUGAAAGAUAAUAAUUAUUUUUUACUAUCAUUUGAAAAGAUUUUCUACAUUGAUCGAAGAUUUUUUUGUUUUAUGAUGGGGCGUUUUAAUUUAAUUAUGUAUGAUUAUACUUAUGUGACAUAGUUAAGUUAAGUAACUGCCGUUAUUCUUUAAUAGACCACACAUGCUUAUUCUUUUAAGCUUUGAAAUUAUAUGAAAUUGAAAAAUGUGAUGAGAAUUGCCCAUCGUCCCAUUUUUCAAGACUCGUAUUAUAAUCGAUUUAUAAUAGUAUUUUUAUAUUACUGUACGAAUAAAUUGAAUUCGAUACUAAAUAAACUGAGAUACAUUCCUAAUUUAUAUUAAAAAUCUUGCUUUGAGGACCAAAAAACUAUUUUUUACUUAUUGUUUCACAAAAAUCUCAAACAGUCAUGGCUGAUGUUUGACAUUUUUGAAAAUUUGAGCAAUAUUUUUGAGCAUUUACAAAAAAUGUGUACCUUUGAUGCCUUAAAAUGACCGUUUAUAAAAGUUAUUGUUUACAAAAUGAUUAUUAACCCAAUAUAAAAUGUGUACUAAUAUAGGUACAAUGUAAUUUAAAGAGUAUUCAGAUUUUUUAUAAAUAAAGGUUUUAUUUAAGUUA